AUGGACACUUUCAACAACGCAAUACAAGAGGCGAGCUUGGUGUACAUUGCAUCUCAUCAUGACGGGCCAGCAAAAGGUGAAGCUACCAAGAGCUGUAGAGGAAGAAAGCACGCCGGCAACAAAGCCGGAACGUCUCAGAAGAAGAAGCCUCAGAGAGGUAUGGGAGUGGCUCAGCUUGAAAGUUUGAGGAUGCAAGAAAUUACGUUGAAGAAAAUGGCUGAAAUGCCCCCUCUUGACCUUCACCGUCUUCAACACCAACACUAUUACUCUCCUCAUCACAUGCCCUUAAUGAAGCCGAUUCCCAGUGUUCCCGUGUUGCACGGAGCGACAAACUAUGGUGUGUCCGUUCUCGGUGGAGUUGGAGGUGGGUCGUUGUUGGGUUUGGACCAGACUGCUGUGAUGAUCCAAAGUGCUGGAAAUGGUUCUGGAUCGGGUCAACAUAACCCGGAUUUUACAGCUAGCCAGCUGAGUUUUGUUGAGACCUCAAACGAGCUCUCUUCAAUACCAAAGAUUCAGCCUCAGUGGGCUCUGGCCUCUGAACGCUGUGAUAUUUGCUCAAAGAAGAAGCGCUUCCAUGGGCAGAACGGAGGAUUCAAUGGCAUGAACACCUCAGAUAUUCAUGGUUCCCAUCAACAAAACAACAUAAACUUCAAUGGCGGUUUAAACGCUUUUGGUGCUAGAGCCGCAAGAAGUGCUCUUUAUGCAAGUCACGAUCUUAAUCAGCAGCAGGGUGUAGAAGUGAAGACAAUACACAAAAAUGGUAGCUCAAGGGAUAGAAAUGUGUUAAUGGAGUAUGAAUUUUUUCCGGGAAAAGAUGCGAAAAGCACUUCCUCCAAGGAGAUGGAAUUGAUGCCGACAGAAGCUUCAGUUUCAGUAGUGGGUGGUGAAGCUUCUUGUUUUACUGCUACUGUUUAUGGUGUUAAUGCAUCUUCUAAUUCUGUUGAUUUGUCCCUCAAGCUUUCAUAUUAG